AUGGUACGAAAAAGAGGGUUGGUUGAGCUUGUGAUGUGCCGAAUCACGUGUGGCUACGUACGUUUUUAUCAGCAUAAUUCUUUGCCUGAGCGUUAUGAGAUUUUAAUGAUUUCCCUCAAAACGCGAGGGAGCUACUUACUGAACAGGUUCAUCAAGUGUAGUUUAAGCUAUGGCUUGAAGGAGGAUCCAGCUUGCAUAUACAUAUGCUGUGAUGUGCAAAUGGUUAUUAGUGGCUGCCAGGUUGGUUGCUUUGCUUCUUGAGUUGGACUGACAGUGUUGCGAAGUUCAGCCUAGGGUUUUUACCAAAACCUUCCUUCCUUUUUUAACCCAAACACCUUCAUUGCCUAUGUGAUUCCUUAUAUUCUAAGGGUAUUUGAUAGGAAACUAGAUGGUAAUAACUUCAUUAAAUCUCAUUAUCUCAGCAUUGCAGCAGGUUAUUAUAGAUUGAGGAUGAAGCUGCAGAAGCUCUUUUAUUCAACAACUAUGCAUUCAUUCAGGAGUACAACCACUAAACUAAAUUAAAAGUUGCAUUACUUUUCAGCUCCAUUGGUUUGUUUUUCUUUUUGUUGG